AAAGAUGUCUGAAGACAGGCAGGGCAUACGAGGCUUGCUUUCGAAAGCUCUCCGGCCCAAGAAAUCUCGCCAAGUUCUGCGCAAGCAGGUUAGCGCCUCGACAAACGCCUCAACAACCCUCUCCACCACCACAACUCUGACCGAAAACGACCACGUACCCCCUUUGCCGGUGCUCGCGCCUCUUGCAGCUCAUAAUGAAAAGUACCGCCACGUUCAUGCUCAGCAGGAUACCCAGUUAGGUGAAACGCUCGAUCAUACUUCGGUCAUUCAUGCCAUUGGCAUACAAAACUUCGACACCGACAGCGAUGCCGAUGGUCUCUAUGGCCGCGAUAACCGGCCACCGGGCGAACCGCUCAUCGCCAGUCUGCCAGACGACCUCUGGAUGUUGAUUGCCGAGCACCUCUCUCCGGCAGAUGGCGCCCGACUCGCCAUCUCUAGCAGGACCCUCUACGCCCGCCUCUACCCGUACCCUUGGGCCUCGCUCAACCAGCCUGAACAAACCGACAAUCGCGCCGACUUUCUCGUCUCACAGGAUAAAUACUACCCGCACCAUCUCCUUUGCUUCCCCUGCGGUCGCUUCCACCUCCGAACUCAAGAAGGCCACGAAUCCCUGCAGCCCGCCAAAGUCCUCAACCCGCUCUUCGACUGCCCCAAUGCCCGCAAUAACCUUCGUCCUCAGCCGCGCCACCGUAUCACGCACGGUCGCACAAUCCCUUUUACGUUUGUCCAGCUUGCCCUUCGCCCAUGGCGGUUCAAAUCGCCCAUCUACGGCCUCGCAGACCCCACUACAGCCCUCAGUCGCCGGUGGCGCCGCGACAACUGGUCCCAUCAAUCCCGCUUCUUGAUACACAAUGGCCGACUCCUCAUGCGGGUGACGUCCUCUACAUUUGCCGACCCAGGCCUCCCGCCGUCCUCGCAGCGGCUUCUUUUAUACUCGCGCGAGGAUUACUGGCCCUAUUUCUCCGCCUGCGCGCACUGGCGCGACGGCGAUCUGAUGUCCGCCGCCAAAUGCGCGCUCACGCACAUCCCUGUCUCCCGACGUACAGAGGGCCUGCAGGGCCUCGAGCAUCGGGUCAAAGACAUGGCCCACCGUCGGGUGCAUGAUCCCAAUGCCUUGACGACUCUGUGCAGCCACUGCCGCCCCAUGCGCCGCUGUCCCGACUGCCCUUCAGAAUACCUGAUUGAGGUUAAGCUCACGGAGCAGCGUGAGGCAGGCGCGCAGUCGCGCUUCCGACACGCAAUUGUCGUGACGCGCUGGUGUGAUCUGGGGGACGGUUCAAGUCCGCGGCUGUCCAGGGAGUGGGCGGCUUGUAAUGGCGAGCUGGAGGGGUAUGAUUCUUUCCAGGUGUUAGGGAAACGGGCUAUAUCGGGGAUCUUUGAAUCGGCGUUCACGGAUGAGACGAUUCCAGGACAGAGAAUUAUUUCAAUGAAUCCGACAGGCAAGAGACUUGGCGAGGAGGGAAAUGGUUGGUAUUGA